AGUGCACCGCGGGCUUACGUGCCUCUCGCAAUUUAAUUUCUAGGGGGUAGGGACAAGGGAGUCGUGACUUGGGAGAGCGUCCACUGCCAUCGAAGUACAAGGAAACGGAUAGUGCUAACUGCCGCUUCUCGUAGAAUAUUUUCGUUGAUUGAGUGAAGAAUGGCACGUACUAAGCAGACAGCUCGUAAAUCAACUGGAGGUAAAGCACCUCGUAAACAGCUAGCUACAAAGGCAGCACGUAAAAGUGCACCAUCCACUGGUGGUGUAAAAAAACCACAUCGAUACAGACCUGGUACAGUAGCUCUUCGAGAAAUCAGAAGAUACCAAAAGUCAACUGAGUUGCUGAUCAGAAAAUUACCUUUCCAAAGAUUAGUUCGUGAAAUCGCACAGGAUUUCAAAACUGAUCUACGUUUUCAAAGUGCUGCAAUCGGAGCUUUGCAAGAAGCAUCAGAAGCGUAUUUGGUCGGUUUGUUUGAGGACACAAACUUGUGCGCCAUCCAUGCGAAGCGUGUAACAAUCAUGCCCAAGGAUAUCCAGCUGGCCCGACGAAUUCGUGGCGAGCGUGCUUAAAUAAUAUGUAACUCCCAUACAUACCAUUUACUACUAUUAUUAUUAUCAUUCGUAACAGUCGUGGAUGAAACAUUUUCAUUCCAAGCUACGUAUUAUGUUGUACUUCAUAAUAGUGUACAAGUUAUGAUAUGAUCAUCCUUUAUAAUACGUAUCUAAAAUUCAGAUUUCUGAAAAAGUAGAUACGAAAAUCGGUAUAAACUGUUUUUAAUAUGUAGGUAGUUCCCAACUUUUGGUAUUAUUGUACAAACGUAGAAACGUAUGUUGUUUUUUUUCGAAAAAUUAUCAAUUACAAAUGUUGAUUCUUCAAUUUCAUUCAUAUAUUUUUUUUUUCAUUUUAUGCUCUACAAUGUAAGGAUACUCCUAAAAAACAGAAAAAAAAGUUUGAAACUGAAAAGCAAACGAUCGUGAUAAAAAAACAAGUCAAAUUGUUAAUUCUUCUAAAAGUACUAUUAAGAUUGAGUAAACUUAUAAAUGUUCUCAAAAAAGUUUUUCAUUACAGUUUUAUUAUAUUCGUCGUCAUUAUCAUUAUUGGUAUAAUACAUUGUGAAAUGUGCAUUAGAGAAUAAGACAGUUUCUUUGUAGGAAUUCAAUGUAGUGUUUACCAUUUUAGAUCCCUGGUUGUAUGAAAAUUACAUAAGGUAUUUCAAUCAGUCAACUAUUCAUUGUUCGUGUAAAGAUAAACGUUUCAUAAAUAAAUCUUCAAAAUAAUACUAA